CGUGACCCCGCCGCGCCCCCGCCCUGUGACGUCAUCACGCCGCGCCCUCCGCUCCGAGAUGGCGGCGGGCGGGCGGGGCUGAGCCGGGCCCGGGCAGCCCCGGUGCCCCCGCCAUGCUGCCCCGGGCCGCUUGGGCGGCUCUCCGGUGACACCGGGCGGCUCUCCGGUAAAACCGGGCGGCUCUCCGGUGACACCAGGCGGCUCCCCGGUAACACCGGGCGGCCCCGCGAUGCUGCGGCGGCUGCUGGAGCGGCCGUGCUCGCUGGCGCUGCUGGUCGGGUGCCAGUUCGCCUUCGUGGCGUAUUUCUCGCUGGGCGGGUUCCGGAACCUCACGGCGCUGUUCGGUCGCUCCGCCGGUCCCGCCGUGGAUUAUUCCCGGACUCACGACGUGUACGCCAACCUCAGCCGGGUCGGUGCCGGCUUCGGUACCGGGAAUGGCCCCGCUGAGCCGCCGGACCCCGCACGGCCGCUGCCGUUCUGCCCGGAGAGAUCGCCGUUCCUCGUGGGCCCCCUGGCCGUGUCGUUCUCCCGGGCGCCGUCGCUGGAGCAGAUCCGGGCCAAGAACCCGGGGGUGCGGCGGGGGGGUCGCUACCGGCCCCCCCUGUGCGAGGCGCGCUCCAGGACCGCCGUCAUUGUCCCCCACCGCCACCGCGAGGGCCACCUGGGCCACCUGCUCUACUACCUGCACCCCUUCCUGCAGCGCCAGCAGCUGCACUACGGCAUCUACGUGGUGCACCAGGCUGGGAACUGCACGUUUAACCGGGCCAAGCUGCUGAACGUGGGCGUGAAGGAGGCCCUGAAGGACGAGGACUGGGACUGCCUGUUCCUGCACGACGUGGACCUGAUCCCCGAGAACGACCACAACCUCUACACCUGCGACCCCUGGAACCCCAAACACGCCUCCGUGGCCAUGAAUAAAUUCGGCUACAGCCUGCCCUACCCGCAGUAUUUCGGGGGGGUCUCGGCGCUGACCCCCGACCAGUACAUGAAGAUCAACGGGUUCCCCAACGAGUACUGGGGCUGGGGGGGUGAGGACGAUGACAUCGCCACCAGGGUGCGCCUGGCCGGGAUGAAGAUCUCCCGCCCGCCCGUCUCCAUCGGCCACUACAAGAUGGUCAAACACAAGAGCGACAAAGGCAACGAGGAGAACCCGCACAGGUUCGACCUGCUGGUGCGGACGCAGCGCACGUGGACGCAGGACGGGAUGAACUCGCUGAGCUACGCGCUGCUGGCGCGGGAGCUGCGCCCCCUCUACACCAACCUGACGGCCGACAUCGGCUGCGACCCCCGCGGCCGCGCCCGCGCCCCCCCCGCCAGCCGCUUCCGCGAGGAGAUGCUGCGCAAGCCCCCCCGCGGGGACCUGCCGCCGCUGGCCUUGUCGCUGUCACCUCCCCGCGGCGGCGACAACAACAACAACAACGGCAGCGCGGCGCCGCCCCGAGGAGAGGGGACAGCCAGGGGACAGCGCGAGGGGACGGUGACAGCGAGGGGGGGCAACCAGAGCGUGGCACCCCCGCCCUGAGCCCCAAAUCGCCCCCCACCCCCCCCGGGGUGGACUCUGGGCUGGGGG